CUUACUCUAUGUUACUCUAUGGUCACAGUGUCAUUUUUAACUCCAUGCAUUUAUCAAAUAUUAUUUGACAAAAAUCAUAGCCAAUGGCAACAAAUUGGGUUGGAUACAAUGAUUGGACAUCGUAUUUGCAUCGCAGUUUGACUUUUCCAGAUAUAGCAAAAUAUCAUUUACCCAUCAUAAAAAAUUGGAAUUGGAUUGGAUCAUUACACAGUAAAGUACUUCUGAAACUUUUAAAACUAAACAGAACCCAACUAUAGUGUGAACAUGGAAACAAAUAUUAUUGAAAACACUUUAUUGAAUGAAAAAGACGAAGAUGUCCAGGUUGACCCUAUCGAUGAUAUAAUUGAUUAUUUAGUCAGAUGCGCCAAAAUUUCCUUUAAAAAUCCUCAUGUUGACGAAGCAGAAGUAACGACUAGUGAAAAAAUAUGCGCAGCACGCGAACUUUACAAUCGUUCCCCUACAGAAUUCUUAAUGCAGUUUGGCAAAUAUUUAACAUCAAGUCACGUCGAAUAUUUUGAAAAAUCUAAUAAUAAUCUGUGUACCAGUUUUCGUACAUGUGUAGAGCAAUUAAAAGAGUACCAUUCUGAUGCCAGUAGGCGUAAAAGAAUAAGAAACAGACGUUACAACGCUUUACAAAAGUUUGCUAACGAAACAGACUACUUCAGUGAAAAACAAAUGAUGUAUAGAAACCCCCUAUUGUACGAGCAAUUAGUUGGCCAGUAUCUCACUAAUGAAGAAAUCAAACACAGAGAUGGUGUGGGUAAUGUAAAUAUAAGUUUACUUAACUUGGUUUUAGAGACUGUGGACCAUAACUUCAUGAGAGAGAAAAAGAAUAAACAAAUGAUAGAAGAAGGUAGCCUACAGGCCACAAUAAAUACUUCUGAAUCUGAAAAUAAUACUAAUGAACACACUCCAGAUAGGAAGAAGAUGUGGGGGGAUUUUGAUACUCCUGAUGUAAAACCAGGGUUUGGCCCAGAUGAAAGGAAACAAAUUAUAAUUAGCACAUCUGAACAAAAUUUGCUACGAGAAGAAUUUCUUCAAGAAAUGUACAAUAGUUUUAUGGAGGGUUAUGACUUGGACAUUGAUUAUGUAAGCAUUGAUAAUGAUGAACAAUAUGAUGAUUUGCAGCAAAUGUCCCAAGAUGCAGAGGAUAAAUAUUUUGAUUCAGAAACAAAUGAAGUGGAUAGUCUGGAAGAGCACAUGAAAUUAGUUGAAGAAUUUGCAAGAAUAAAUUCUAAUCAUGAUAGAUAAUUUACAAACAUUAAUAAAUAUAAAUCAAAACAUCUUUGUUUC